CACUGAUACUGAACCCACGCACGCGAGACCUCCGUUGUAAACAAUCCGAACGAGUCCCCUUAAACGCUUGCGGAAUGGCCACCGAAGAGCACCAGCGCCUGGCCGGCAUCGUGAAGAGCUGCCACGAGAGCCUGCGGCAGCUGACGAAGGAGCUGGGCGCCCGGGCGGCCUGGCAGGAGCACACGAGUCCGCGGAACGCCAAGCGGCUGGCGGAGUACGCCAAGGCCAUGCGCCAACUGGCGUCCAUAUGGGAGACCAACGAGGGCAAUGUGGAGCUGCAGGCGCGCAGCCGCAUCAAGUGGGCCAUCGACUACAUCACCAAGUACUUCUUCACCGAGGGCAUCUACCUGCAGAAGCGCCAGCGGGAGCAGCGCCUGCUGGAGUCCUACAGAGCGGAGGGCAAGCUGGGCGAGGUGGAGUGCCGGCUGAUGGAGGAGCCGCCGGACAGGCUGCACGUGCUGGACGUGGGCAGCUGCUUCAAUCCCUUCUCCAGUGCCCCCCACCUCGAGGUAACCGCCCUGGAUCUGUGCCCCGCCACCGAAGACGUUCUGCAGGCGGACUUCCUCAAGGUGGAGGUGGUGCCGGAAAUAGACGGGCCCCAGCUGGAGGCGGGCAGCGUAAGGAGGCUUCCGGCGAACCACUACGAGUGCGUCAUCUUCAGCCUGCUGCUGGAGUACAUGCCCAGCGCGGAGCAGCGGCUGCAGUGCUGCCUGAAGGCCUACGAUCUGCUGCUGCCCGAGGGCAUCCUCGUGCUCAUCACACCCGACUCGCAGCACGUGGGCAAGAACGCGCACCUGAUGAAGAACUGGCGCUACUCGCUGGCCAGGAUCGGCCUGCUGCGGGUGCGCUUCGAGAAGCUGCCGCACAUCUCGUGCAUGGUCUUCCGCAAGGCCAUCAGCCGGGAGCUCUCCCGCCACUGGGCGAGCGUCCACCGGGAGGAGGGGAUGUGCGAGGAGAUCCGGAUACCGCAGGAUGAUAACUAGAUAGCCAGAUAAGAGGCCCCAUAAAUUACAUUGUCCAUGUCUACUUGUUUAUGGCCUAACUUAUCUGUGUGCUAAGUGCGAGUUAAUAAUAAUGGUUGGCGAUUUAUCUACUAUCUAUAAA